CCUCCGCCUGCUGCUCACGCGCGUCUGAGCGCGUGAGCGGCGGUGCGGCACGCCGCGGAGUUCCAUUGUGGGCCGGUCGUUCACGUGACUCAGUGCAGCAAGGUCACGCUCGCAUUUGGCGCUGAUGCUGUGUUUCCCCGCUUUGAGCAAGGCCUACCCUUUCUGCCUUCUCUUCCCCUCUCACACUAGUGACUGCCCCUCUUCCUCCCUCACACUGCAGAGCCUCCUACCUCGUUCAAUCCAGCGCACGGAGGCUCGGUCUGUGAUCUUUGCGCCGGCCUAUCAGCUUCAGCCAGGCGCUCAUGUGAGCUGCAAACGCACCGACCGGGUCAGCCAUCUUCACGCGGCCCAAACGGCGCCGCGAUGGGCUCGAUCCACACCCCUCCUGUCAAGCUUUGCAAAGUUGCUAGCGCAUGAGCGCUUGCAGAUCCGAAUGCACGCCGUGACGCCUGGAUAGAGGUCAGGCAUGUCGGCUGUCGGCUGUCCCAGCCAUGCGUGAGCCUCAUCUCGCUGUAGGCAGGAUCACCUCACCUCAACGACAGCGUCCACGCCAACGCCGACGCCGACGCCGACGCCGACGACAGCGUCCAGCGUCUUCCCCUUUCCUUU